AAUCAAUAAACAAUAAUGGCGUCAUGUGUACUCGACAGAGUAUUAUUCGUGAAUAAGUUUUUCGUGCGGUAAAGUUUCAACGAGGUUUAAACGAUAACUUGAAUUUUCAGACUGGUUUUGUGAAACAUAAUCUUAUUUCAAACCUAUAUUAUAAAACAAUAUUGAGUGACAGUUGAAAGAGUCGCUGCUCUUCCUCUGUAUCUAAUGAUUGUCCCCUAGAUUGAAGACGUCCUUCGAUAGUACGUAAUGGUGAAAGUCCUUGACGAAGAUGGGUCGGGUCGUAGGGUGAGCGGCGGGGGUGGCAGUGGAGGCGGGGGUCAGUCGCCCGGGGGCGGGGGCUGCAAGGGGGGCACCAGCAAUAUGGCCACUCAGCACUUCCACUAUCACUGGUCGUACCCAUCUGCGCCCCCCGUGCCCGCGCCGCCCCCUGCCUCACCCCCCUCGCCGGCCACCAUCCACUUCGGGCCCGGCUUUGAGCCGCAGACGAGUCCACAGCAGCAUGUCGUCUACUUCCACGUCAACCCUGGCGUCACUGUCAGCUUCCAGACGGGCGACAACGUCCAGAACAUUAAAGGACCGGUGACGGUUCCGAUGGUGUCGACAAAUUCGUCGCCGCCGAUCGCGAUGCCCGUCACGGUGCCUCAUGGUCACGUGGUGCAGCAGAUUGUCGACGAGAACGGCACCCUAAGACACGUCAUACUCUCCCCCCAGCAUCCCCCCAUCGUGCCCAUUCCACCUCAUUUCGGACCUGGUCCAGCGAGUGGAUCGAAUCAGCCACAUCAGCCGUUCUUCGCGCCUCAAGGCCUCCCCCCCGGCUACCCUCCCUUUGGGCACGGCGCUCCCCUCCAACCAGGCCUACUAAGUCAUGUCCAUCCCAAUCAACAAGGCCACUCGCCACCUCCAGCGCACAAUUUCCAUAAGGAUGAACGCACUCAGAGACAGUACAAUAAAUUAAGAAAAAAAUUAGAACAAAAAAAUGUUAGAGGAGUUACACCACCAUCGCCUAGGAAAGAAUUUGCAAAUGGAGUGCGGUCGAGAAAGAGCAUAGGAGGAGGCAGCGUGGGAACGUCGGAGGACGGAGAUGGAGAAGAGAGUAGCAGUGUGCAAGACGAGGAUGACGACACGUCUCUGGCUCUGCUCACUGAGAUCCUCAACUCCAUCAAGCCACCAGAAAUUGUCGAAGUAACAUCUCGUAGUGUAUUAUUGCAAUGGUGGCCUCCAGACUGUAAAUCUAGUCCUGAACUGGAUAUAACGGAAUCCGAUCUUCGGUAUGAGGUUCUACUAAGUGAUAAAGGAAAGGAAGGAAAAUACAAGCCAAUCUAUGGGGGUGCUGCUAGGUCUUGCAGAGUGCAAGACCUGAGGCCGGGCACAGAGUACUCGGUGUGCGUGACAGCGUACCUGGGCGUGGUGUCAGGCAAGAAGAGUGAGGCGACGGUGUUGCGCACGCCGACCUGCGCACCCGACACUCCGCAAGCGCCCAAGCUGCUCAACCGCACGAGGUUUGUGAUGCAGCUCAAGUGGACCGCGGCGCCGGACAACGGCGCGCCCAUCACCCGCUACGUGCUUGAGUGUGAUGAGGGCAAGGGUGUCUGGAAGGAGUGCUACAGCGGCAAAGGGAGACAGUACACCAUCUCCAAAUUGCAGCCAGCCACCAAUUACAAGUUCCGGUUGUACGCAGUCAACGAUGCCGGCCAGAGCGCCUAUUCGGAGGUGAGCUCGUUCUGGACGGCGGGUAGCCCGCCCCCGCAGCCUUCCGCCCCCGCCCUCAUCGACGCCCACGUCCAGAGCCUCGUGCUCGGCUGGGAGCGCCGCCCCACAGACGACGAGUUCACCCUGCAGAUGGAGGACCGCGACUCUGGUCACGGCUUCCUCGCCUGCUACUCCGGCAAGGACACCAAGCACGUCUGCACCAACCUGCACAGGCACACCUUCUACAAAUUCAGGCUAAGGGCGCAAAACACAGAAGGAUCCUCACAAUGGUCGGAAGAAGUGGGCUACAGGACUCUACCAGCUCGGCCUUGCCCUCCUUGUAAACUGGGUGUCAAAGGAAAAGUUCACGCUCACUCCUUCAAGGUCAAAUGGGAAGCGCCCUCGGAUCAUGGUGGCGCUGAUAUCACCUCCUACACCCUUCAAGUCAGGAAAAACGGAGAGUUCGCAGUGGCGUACGUGGGCAUUGACACGGAGUACGUGUUGGACAGGCUGAACCCGGGCACGCAGUACGAGGUGCGCAUCGGCUGCGAGACGGUCGGCGGUCGCUCGGACUUCUCGGACCCGAUCCGAGUGGUGACCGAGUCAGUGUGCCCGGGCCAGUGCUCGCCUCCACGUGUCCACGGCAAGCCGCGACCUCACACGGUGGCGCUGCGAUGGAGCUACCCGGACGUCGACGGCGGGUCGGCCGUUACCGACUUUGAGCUGGCCAUGCGGAGUGACUGUGACGACGCUGCAGCCGCCGCCGUCUACCAGGGCACCGACACCGAGUGUGUCGUCAACCAACUCCUGCCCGGCCAUCGCUACCUCUUCCAAGUCAGAGCGCGCAAUCGCAUUGGGGCGGGAAGCUGGUCAGAGCCGCUGGAGGUGCGGAGUGGAGCAGCGCCACCCGGCCCGUUGGCCGCUCCCGUGCUGACUCCGCGGGCAGGCACCAUGAGUUGCACCUGGGAGGAGCCGCCCUGCAACGGCGCCCCCAUCCAGGAGUACCGCCUCCAGCUGGCACUCGAUGCCGCCCCCGACCAUUUCACCACCCUCUACCAGGGCCCCAGCUCCGCCUUCGACAUCAAGACCCUUCCUCCCGCAACACUCUGUCAUCUCCGACUCCAGGCGUGCAACCAGGCCGGCUGGAGCGAGUUCUCGGAAGUGACAAGCGUGACGUCAGCGGCCGGAUCGCCGGCUGCAGUGGCCAUGCCUCAGUUCUCGGCCACGCCCACCUCGCUGCAUGUCAGCUGGGCAGCGCCUCCCGACCACGGCAUGCCCAUCACGCACUACACGGUUGAUGUCGCCGAACAACAACUCACCGCCCAGCAAACCUCUUGUGAUAUUCUCGAUCUGACACCAAACACCACCUACAAAGUGCGAGUGAGAGCGGUGAACAGCGUGGGCAGUGGGCCAUAUUCGCCCGCGCUUCGUGCCAGCACCCUGCCCCUGCCUCCCUCACCACCUCCCCUCACCUGUGUCAACUUCGGCCACAACUACUUGAAGUUGAAAUGGGGCGAAGGAAAGAACCCUACCUUCACAGAGUACUUCGUUUACAUGUGCAGUCCCCAUUCAAAGGAUAAUGAAGAUGAUGAAGAUGCCGAUGAAUUUGUGGGAACUCUGGCCUACCAAGGCUUCAAUCAAACAUGUAAAGUGAAUCGCCUUCAAGAGCAGACGACCUACAGGUUCCGCAUUUCUGCUUCGAAUGAGACAGGUCGAGGUCCACUGUCCAGCGCCUACGAGUUCACAACCUCCAUUGCUCCUCCGCCCCCUCUCAAAGGGACCAAAGUGACUGAAAUAGGAACAAGAAGUUGUGUAGUAGAAUGGCAGAGCACUAGAAAAAUGGGUAGCGACACAUUAGUGUACUGUCUGCAGGUCGCAAGGCUCAAGAACCAAGAGUACAAGCAGGUGUACUUAGGUGGUGAUACGAAGACACUGGUGGGUGACCUGGAGCCAGGUGCAGAAUACCUGGCGAGGGUGUUUGCAGUGAGGCGGACAGCAGGCGGGGAGGAGGUGGUGGGGCCUCACAGUCAGCCGGCCAACUUCUCCACGCUGCCUCUGCCCGAUCAAGGCACCAAGCCAGGCGUUGUCCUGCCCCACCCCAAGCCACAUCAUUCACAGACAAGCUCGCGUAAACAGCUGAGUGAUCAAGAAUGGGCCAUCAUAAUACUGUGUGGAUUCACUUUGGUGGCUGUUUUGGUAGCAGUUAUAAUGCAGCAUUUCAUCUAUUAAGCUGAAUUGAACUCAUAAAAUCAGUUCAUCGUCCAUAACAAUUACACUGUAACCCUAAAAUUACUAUUUUAUAAGUAAAAAAACUAGACUGAAUUGCCUGAUCAGAUCGACAAUAAGCGGGAGUUUGAUUUCUAAGAGAUUGGACAAUAUUGCAUUUCAGUUCACUACUAAAAAUUAAACUCGCAAACGUUUAUGUAUCAAACUUAAAAAACCGUACAAUUGGUGCAAUUAGGCUGGAAACGAAAUUAAUAUUGGAAGUGGAUUGUUAUGCGUUUUCAGUAGCAGUUAUUGGAUGCUGGUUGUCAUGUUCACCAUUCAGAAGGAAAGAAGGUGUCUUCCAUUCUCUGAUUCAGUCUUGCUGAACUCAUACAUAUUCCAGAGACUGAUAACUCUAAUAGUAGUAUGAACAUUCGAUUGUAUUUAGCAAUUUAUUUUUUAUUUUCCCUCUUUGAAUAUGUACUCUCUUAGUUUUUAAUAUUUAAUAACAUGGGAAUUCAUUAUAGUACGUACGCACUCUCAUUGCAUUUCAUCAGAAUAAGAUAUUAUUUUUUGAGAUUAAUAAACUGGGUUAGGGGUUUAUGAGUAUUUCCUAAUUAGGCUCCGUAUUAUAUAGUCGUAUAUCAAAAUGUUUGAAUCUCUAGUUCAGCUAUUUUAAUGGAUAAAUUCAUCUGCUACAUGUGUAAAAUUUCAUCAUUGAAUGUGAAAUCAGUGUUUAUUUAACCACAUAAUUUGACUAUCAUCGUUCAGUUACAAUAUUAGUGACAUUGUAUUGUGUUACUAAUACUGUACUAUUACCAUUACAAUUAUCAUGGUAAUUUAAGUAAGUAAUUGUUCUCCAAUAUAUCUGCAGGUAUCUGUAAUAAUUGCUAUUCCAGAAUAGAUAAAUGUGUAAUUUUAUAAUCAUGAAUUGUUGACUUUUAUUAUUUUAUGAUAUUUAAAUUCUAGUGAAUGAAGUGAUUGUCUCGGCCGAUGUUGAAAGAGUUUAGGCUAUUGUUGUAUAUUAAAACCCGUAUGUAAUAAUGACGGCCUUGAAGGUACAUGAGCCACGCUUUGCAAGGCUCGCUGUGCAAUUCAAGACAAUAUUAUAACUUGAUUCACUUUGAAAAUGAUAUUCAGUAUAUGACUUAUGACUGGUGGUGUGAUUUAUUCUUUAGUUUUAUUCCAUAUUAUUGGAGUCUGUACGACUUUGAUUCAAUGAUUCAAUAUUCUAUAUUAUCAAUGAUAGUGACUGUAAUGUCGAAACUUUCGGAUUGGUAUAGUUUUAAAUAAAUUAAAUUCAUCGCUAUUCUUAUAAAAUGGAUCAGUGCAAUCAUGACGUCGUCAUUCAUUCUUUCAAGAGCUUUACAUUCGGGCCGUUAGAUAUUAUUUCAUUCUAAUUACAUGUAUAUUAUUGACCUAAUAUCAUGUUUCCUAAGCUUCAAGCACUACCAUUAUUAUCUUAGCUCCCCUGAUUAUCCAACCACAGAUUAUUUUAUUAUAUUUGAUAUUAUGUUUGAUAAUCUACAACGUCAAUUGUUGAUGCGACAGUUUACAAUAUAUUGAGAAAGUUGUUGAUUAUAUAGAGCAAAUUUGUUAUUUUUUAUAAUUCAUUUAAGAAAAGUUUAGGAAAUAUUUUUAUGUGUACAGAGAAGAUAUAUUGUGUGUGAUUUUAGGGACGUUGUGUGUUAUUGUUAUUUAUUAUAUGUUUGAAAUUCUAUUUGCUAAUAUUAUAUGUUAUUGAUGAGUUUUCAUGUACACGUUUAUCGCAGAAAGUAUUAAAUAAUGAGCUCUUACAAACAAGAUUUCAUUUAAUAUAUAGAAUCAGUUGAUAUUGGUGCUAAAUAAAAUAAGGCCUAGAACAUUACUGUGUUGACGGCUGGUGUUUGUUGAAAAUGUAAGCUUUACUGGGGUGAUAGAUAGAUAUUGUAUUUCAAUCUGUUAGAGAUCUUGCUCGUCCUAUUGUGCUGUUUUGUAUUGUAACGCAUAACGUAUCUGAACAAACGAAAAGUAUUGCCUUAAGUAAAAGGAGGAGGAGGAGGAGACUGAGGUUGCAGAUGGAAGAGAGGAGGAGGAGGAGGAGUGGUGGUGUCUGCAGCAGCCUAGUAGAGACAUAGUUACCGAAACGAGCACGGCCUCCCCCCAAAACACCCCCUCCUCCAUUCAAAUGCAAAAAGUGCUCAUUUCAUAAUGUCAAAUAAAAGGACUCCUCAAGUCACGUGUACAUUUAUCAAACUUUUAUUAGAUCAUUGAUCAACAUUUUAAUACUAUUUAUGAU